UUAGUCUCCGAUCGUUUGGAAGGAUGGUAGCAGUAAAUAAUUUGCACCUUACAGCUUUAUGCAUUUGUUUGGUAUUACUUAUUUCCAUUUUCGAGGCAAAGGAAACGGUCAGAAAACCACCGCACGUUGUAUUUAUUUUGGCUGACGAUUACGGCUGGAACGAUGUGGGGUAUCACGGAUCUGAAAUCAGAACCCCAAAUCUUGACAAACUUUCCUCACAGGGAGUCAGACUGGAGAAUUAUUACGUCCAACCACUGUGCACACCGUCCAGAAAUCAACUCAUGACCGGAAGAUAUCAGAUCCAUACAGGCAUGCAGCAUCAGAUUAUCUGGCCGUGCCAGCCGUACUGUGUGCCCCUGGAAGAAAAGCUAUUGCCCCAGCUGAUGAGGGAAGCGGGAUAUUCCACGCACAUGGUGGGCAAGUGGCACUUGGGCAUGUAUAAGAAAGACUGCCUUCCAACCCGGAGGGGAUUUGACUCCUACUUCGGCUACCUCACGGGCAGUGAAGACUACUUCAGUCACCAUCGCUGCUCUCCCGUCCCCCCUCAGAACCUGACCCGCUGUGCCCUGGACCUCAGGGACGGAGAGGAGGUAGCCACAGGGCACACUGGUCACUAUUCCACCCACCUUUUCACCCAGAGAGUAGCCAGCAUCAUUGAAAAACAAGACCCGCAGAAGCCCCUCUUCCUGUAUGUGGCCCUGCAGUCCGUGCACGCCCCCUUGCAGGUGCCUGAGCAGUACGUGGAGCCCUACAGCUUCAUCGCUGACCAUCACCGCCGGUGGUACGCGGGCAUGGUGUCCGCCAUGGACGAGGCAGUGGGCAACAUCACCCAGGCCCUGCGGGACCGAGGCCUGUGGGACAACACUGUGCUGGUCUUCUCCACAGAUAACGGAGGGCAGACGCUGGCUGGUGGCAACAACUGGCCUCUGAGAGGCAGGAAGUGGUCGCUCUGGGAAGGCGGCGUGCGUGGUGUAGGUUUUGUGGCCAGUCCACUGCUUGCACGUCCUGGAACUGUGAGCAGAGAGCUCAUCCACAUCUCCGAUUGGCUGCCUACUCUAGUGAGCCUGGCCGGGGGUUCCACCAAUGGCACCCGGCCUUUGGAUGGCUUUAACAUGUGGAACACCAUCAGCAAGGGGACGUCUUCGCCGAGACUGGAGCUGCUCCACAACAUAGACCCUCUGUAUGAUGACAUCGCUCAGUGUCCUGGCAGGGAGUCCAGGCUGACUUUGGCUCCGGAGCUUAGUCAAGGCCAGUGGUCACAUUCUGGCUUCAAUGUGUCUGUUCAUGCUGCCAUCCGCUACAAGAGCUGGAAACUGCUCACGGGUUACCCAGGCUGUGACUACUGGUUCCCUCCCCCACCGCUGUCGAACAGCUCAGAGGCCAGCAAGCCACCACCACUGACUUCAGUGAUGCUCUUCAACAUUGAGUCUGACCCAGAGGAGAAAGAGGAAGUGUCUGAGAAACACCCUAAAUUGGUGGACUUCCUCCUCACCAGGCUGCAGCACUAUCAGAAGGCCUCCAAACCCAUCGUAUUCCCCGACAAUGACCCCAGGUGUGACCCAGGGCCCAGUGGAGCCUGGGGUCCCUGGGAGUAGACCAUAGAAGCUGAGCUUUUUCAGUUAUGGAGGGGGAUGCUCCAUUUGACCUUAUCUGUCUCCGGGAGGCCAGACAGAUUUGGGCUCAGUGAUCGUAGGUGGUCAUGCAUCAUUUUUCCUUGAGUUCUUUUGAAAUUUGGACUGGAAGUUCAAUUGGGUUUGGGUCUAUGACUGCAGUAUAUAAGUCAAAAUAAAUAUCAAAGGCUUUAGAAAGACUCUUAAGGGGAGGGAUGUGAUGUACAUGAAUGAUUGUUAGGAACUUUGUGUUGAAAUGGUGUCUUUGUCAGUUUUGAGGGUUUUUUGUAUUCAUUCCUAUUUUCAGGGUGCAAUUUUCAAUCACUAUAGUAACAGAAUAUCCCCGUUUGAAGGCGUUAAAACUCACGGUUCUAUGAAUAUAGCCUAGUUUAAGAUAUCAUUGCUUAAGGGGAGACCUCAACUUCUCUGCAUUUUGGAAAUCCACAUGCAACAAGUAAUAUUAGUGUCCUUUUCAUGACAGGGGUUGAGCGGACCAAAUGCAUAAUAGUUUCUCACUCGUGCUAAAUCGGAGACACGUCGAUAGAAUGUCCAUUGUUUACUUAGAAUUUCUCAGGAGGAAUUAUUAUUUUCCGUUUCGCCGUCGUAUACUUCUACUGAAACACUUGUACAUAGAAAUUCUAUUAUCUAUGUUUUGUAUAGCCUCUCUCAAACACAAUGAGCCCAAGUACAAACGUCUCUGAGCAGUAUUUAUGUUGUUGCAGAGAAAAUGCAUUACCCACAUACGGGUGUACGAAUAUUCAGUAUAACUUAAACUCAUCAAAGACCUGACUAUGGGCAUGUUAUUGGCUAAAAAGCAUUUUAGCUAAUGACAUUUCUAGUGUUGUAUAUUUUCUCAGGCUUGCAUGAAAAAACACAACAUUUUUUCACCUGUGUAAUGAAAUGCAAGUGUUCUUUUUUUUUCUCCUCACUAAUACAGUUUGGAAACUUCAGCAAUGAACAAAAUCAACUCUAAUUGCUAUACUUAAAUAUAGGUAUAAGUCAAUGUUAAACAUAUGUUGAUUACAAACACACACUGUGGUAAUUCUCAGGGUCUGACAUCUUUUCAUACUUGACUUUUUAUCGCAGAACAGAAUGAGGAUAAAUGUUUUAAUGUUUGAAAGCUUCCUUGUCAGAUGUUGAUAUUUGUCUGGCCAUAUAGGCCAAUGCAGAUACCAAGCUGUUUUAUAUUAUAGCACAAAUUCAAAUUGCAUACAGGUAGAUGAGUACAGAUGUGAACUUAUAAAAGAAAAAUGUAAGAGAUUAUAUUUGCACAAAUAUCAUUUUGAGAAUAUGAGUCCUGUCUCUGUAUAGCUUUAUUGUUAUUUUUGCUGGUAUUUUUCACAUUCAAUUUUAACUUAUUUUCACUCUCUGACAUGUAUAUGUUGUGUCAUUAUAUUGCUCAUAUCUUCAGCAUUGGGUAAUUUUUGACUAUUAUCAGCCAAUACCAGUAAAACCCAAAAGGUGUUGUGCAUCCCUUGUUAAUAUGUGUUCACUUUUUUUUUGUAAAGAUGGAAAAUUAUUGUCAUUUAGCUACAAAAUUUGAGAUUUAAUGAGGUGGUGUUGCACUAUUUGUAUUUUUACUGUUUCAAAUAUUGUUAAUGAACUUAGGCAAAAGAACAGAAAAGGAAGCAACAAAAUGGAAACUGCAUUGGAUGUCAAAUGAAUGUUUUUUGUUGAUUUUCAUUCACUUUUUACCUAGCAUUACCAAAGUGCCCUUUCUUCUACACUCAAAAUAUUGUCCAAAACCUGAAAUGCACUUACAUUGUUUACAUUAUUGGUAUGUAUAUUAUCUUAAUGAUAGUGUCAUAAGUAAAAUGACAUGGGGGGGAAAGUAAGUUACAGUGAGUGUGUGAUGGUAUGUUAUUUGCUGAUGUUGUGUAUGGGACUCUCUCUUCAAGUGAAACGGCUGUGAUCCAUCUUUUGUCAUUUCACUUGGAUGUUUUUCCAGCCAAGGGCAAGCUUAGACCAUGAGGGAUGUCCCAGAUUCCGAUGGUAUUCCUAUGAUCCCUUCAACAGCCCUGAGCUUUAGAACCAGAUCAGGAGGGCUGUUUCUGCAGUGGUGUUAAACAUGAUAUAGAGUGAACCUAUCCUUGAAAAACAAUAAAACAAUAUUUUUUAAAUAACUAUAUUUAUACAAUCAGCUUUAGCUACUUCUAAUGAUUAGAUUAAUUCAAUGGUUGUCAUUAAUAUAGGGUAUGAAAUGUGUUUGUCCCAUCUGCUAUUUUUGUUACAUUUAUACACAGAAUGUAUGUACAAUGUGUUUAUAAAUUGUAAUAUUUCUCUGUAUUUACAGUAUGGCCAACUUAUCGACAACAUUGUCAGAGUGUUUACUCAUUUUCCAAUGACAUCAGCUCAAUAAACAUUUUCUCUAUUUGUA